UUUCAUUUUCCUUGAAUGGUACGGAUGUACACCAAUUGUUUACGUAAGACAGAAACACAAUAGGUCCAAACCCUUACAGAUUUAUAAAAACUUAAUAUUUUAGGACGUAGAUAAACAAACCAGCGGUAUAGUUUAUUGUGUAAAGGGACCUGUUGUUUACCGACUACUGUCAGCCUACAGGCGUAUAACGCUGGGGAGCGUAGCCAUCGCUCUCACUCUGAGCGUGAACGUGGAGAGUGCUGUUACUCCGAGAUAGAGGAUUAUAACUAUGUGAUUUCUCCGGAUAUAUCGGCCGUGUUAGGAUUUAAUUCAUCUCAAACAAGGUCUUUCUAUUUGGCAGCCUGAUCAACAAGUGCCAGAUUGAUUUUCACGUUUUGUUCUCAUCUUAAGUCACGUGAUCUGGAAUCCUACCAAGAUGUGAAGUAAUAAGCGGGAAACCAUUCCUGUUGCUCGGAUAGCCAGCGCCCCGCGCCAGACUCGUUUGUAAAGCUGGGAGUUUAUUUUCGUAAUUUGUUUAACCUACAUUGAAUAACAAAUGUGUGUUUAUUGUGUCUGGGCUCAGAAUCGAAAGUACAAGGAAUCUGAAUAAAUCCUAUAUUCAGUCAUUUUUGAACCAGGAAACAAGCACCUAUUAGGAGUGGAUAUCAAGUGACGUCACACUUCCUGUGGUUUACAAUUGGAAAUCAGAUUGGUGCAUAGCUUUGUACACACAUCACUAAAUGUGCAGUGGAUUUCUGUAAAGUGAAUCUCUUGGAUGGGCUAAUAUGUGUGUGAUGGAAAAACCAUCAAAUUCACCGCUAAGGGAAUUUGUAAUUUUCAAAAGUCUAAGGAAAAAGUUGCGGUGAUACCAGCUUAUUCUACAGUGUGUUUUGUAUAUCAAUGGCGCAUACUGCAACGAUGCCGACUAAAAAUGACGUCAUGGUGGACUCUUUUGAGCGGGAAAAUCCGUAUUGUACAACAGAGGAUAUAAUUCGGUUACGGAAAAGUGGUCAAGUCAAGGAAGGAAUUAAACACUUGAAGGAGAAAUACGAUUCAGUGACUAAUUUUGGGCCACAGGCAACAGUGAACGGGUCCGCAAUAGACGACCAGUCGGUUAAAAGGCGGGAAAAUCCCUCAAUAAAAGUAACAGAACCGGCCCAGUCGCCGGAGAGCUCGAGUUACAGACCGGUGAGUUUUACGGAGGGUGUCACAGAACAGGACAUUCUACAAGUAGACACCUUCUUCAAAAGUCAUAAAACGGACGUGGUUGUAUGCAAUUGUCUUGCCAAUUUAUAUUUCGGAAAAGUCAUGGGCGGAAAAGAUCAUUGGAAAUUUACUAUGACCGGAAUUCCUGUUCUUGUACUUGACACUGGCGAGCACCAUCGCAAGCGGAGAUUACAAAUCGUGUUGUCAGAAAAAGGCACAGGAUUUGUUCUAUGGAAAAAUAAAAUCGAUCACUUAACGGAGUACUCCGCGCCUCAUACGAACUUCCACACUCUCCACCUUACCACUGAUCACACGCGAUUGGCAGGUCUUAGUUUCGACGACGGAAGUGCAGCUACGGAGUUCUACAACGCCCUUCAAAAACUGACGUCCGAUCCAAAUGACGAACUCUUUAAUAUAAGCAAAUCAAAGAAAAAGAAAAAGUCACAGAAAAGCAAACAAAAAUUUAAAGCUCCAAAGAAAACGGAGAUUUCACAGCCAUGUUGUUUCGUGCACGUGACAAAACUUGAGAAACCGUUGAAUGAACUUUCGCUGGUUUCCGGUCCGAUGGGUUUCGAACAUUCUACGAAAGCCCCCGAUGAUGAACGAGAGGAAACUGAAAUGUCUAGUCGCGCUGGUAGCAAACUAACUUUGACAAGUGACAGUACGAGUUCCGGAAUAUCGGAGGACAUCCGGUCUACGGACCAGUGAUACGGAAUGUAUUUUGUUAUCCAAUUUUUUGAUGUAGACGUCUGUUAUUUUAGUUGAUAUAACAUUGUUUAUGGUGCUAAUUUAGUCGCGUCACGGCGAUGUUUGCCACGUACAGUCGUAACGACGAGCGUUUCAGUGAUACAGACUUAUGUUAAUGAUUGACUGUUAUGAAUUUUAAACAUUUUCCCAUACCCUAUGCCAGCCCAUUUCCAGCCUUGUACAUGUCAUACAGUGAUAUAAUUUGUAUGUCUUAACUUCAUACCAAAUGUAAAAUACUUAUAUAAUAACAUAAACAAUGCAAUGUUACUGCAAAUAUCUUAUUUUCCGCGAGCAGUUCAUAUUACAUUUACAUUGUACAUUGUAAUGAAAUUGAAAAAAAAAAAUAUUGAUCAAAGUUAUCAAAACGAUACACUGAAAGAAACAUGUACAUGUAUGUCACAUAUUUUCGAAAAUCAUUCGAAUGUGCUCAAAUAAUUCAUCUUGUUUUGAAAAUUGACAUAUUGUCUUGAAAAUGGGUAGCUCAUAGAAAAUAAUUCAUUUGCAGCACUUAACCUGAUGUAAUACUGAUUGAUAUGAAUAGAUAUUAAGCUUGCGCAUUUUAGUGUCAUUUUCUGUGUGUGUGUCAGAACUGGUUUGUAUAGUGACCAUUGAAAACAUGAAAGUCUUUCCCGGAUCUAAACACACAUUCUAGGCUGUCCCCUUUCCCUUACGACAACGGAAGUUCUCGGAUCGCAAUCAGCAUUCUAGCCUUUCCCUUACGACAGCGGAAGUUCUCGGAUCGCAAUCAGCAUUCUAGCCUUUCCCUUAACUACAAAUUGCGCCCGGGCAACAGAGGACCGCGGUAUCUUGUAGAUGCAAGAUGGUUCGAUCACAGGGGCUUAUUUAAAUCAUAUGUGUAUUCUGUCCCUAACAAUUAUAGUCGAUUAACAAUUCAAUAAUAUAGACAAGUCCUUGUGUUUGGAUCUAUCCACAGGGACCUGACACGAAAUUGCAAGCCAUGAUCCACGUAAUUUAUGUAUACAGGUACAUGUGUAUAUGGGUCGUGGGUUAAAUGUAGGAAUUCGAGACAAGAGAUGGGUUGCGGGUUGGGAAUUCGAGACAAGAUAUGGGCCUCGGGCUCGGAAUUCGAGACAAGAUAUGAGUCGCGGGUUGGGAAUUCGAGACAAGAUAUGAGUCGCGGGUUGGGAAUUCGAGACAAGUCCGUGUUGUUUAUCAACAUUUUUAUAUGUUCAUCAGAUUUUAUGUCAGUUGCAGUUUAAAAAAGCUUACGUACUUCCAAAUAUUUCCUUAACAAAUAGAUUAUAUAUAUAGAGAAUGAACUAUAUUUUUACUGGCUACAAGGAAACAUCGCUUCAGCUUGUGAAACUCUUCUGUAAUAAAUAUUGAAUAUAGCAGUUGUGUCUAAUUGAAUCAUUGCCAAAAUUAAAAUUUUCCUUUGAAAAAAACUGUGGGAAUGCUGUGCUGGUUUGCCUUUUAAUAUACAAACGUCCGCCCCAUCAGAUUAUGAUAGCGAGCCAUCAAAGAACAGCAUACCUGCAUAUACCUGCACGAACUUUGCAUACCUGUACCGUCAUAUCUGGAAGUUCACAUCAAAGCAUAUUUAAAAGUGAAAGGUCUUAAUAGAAAUGUAGUCUUUUCUAAAGGCUUUAGGUGUGAUCCAGUCAUUUGAUAUACAGUACACUAGAUUUAAUCUAGAAUGUAUGCUGGCCAUUUCAAUCGAAUGCAAUAUACACUGGUUCUGAAAUUGUUAUAACGCUUUGGUUAAUACAAGGGUGUGGUUGGAAUCUGCGCAUUUUAUAUAUCGAUACUGCGGACCUUUAGGUUGUGAGGUUAUGUAAAGUCUCUAUACACAUGAACCGAACGAGAAUAAAGGCACGCGCUUGCAUGCACGUGAACAUGAAGCCUGUAGUCUAAACAAAGUUAGAGUAAGCCUUAAAUAGUUCAUAGAAGUCUGGGAUGUUUUGAUGCACGCCCCUUUCAAGCACGGAAAUGAGUUCGACCUCGACUAAAUAACAAAGGCGGAAACGGAAGGCAUACCACGGACGCUCCAGUAUUUACAGAGCUGCGAAUGACAUCCUCACACAAUACGUACAAUUGUAUAUCAUAACAUAUUUACCUGUUAAACUCAUCAUCUUAGAGAAACAGGAAGCAAGCUAAAAUUAGAGGUAUAUCUAUAACUGGCUCACAUAAUGUAGGAAUAGAUCGACAAUGUCGCAGGCGCUUGGUAGUUGAUAAAUAAAAUCAUAAUAGAGAUGAGUUACUUAUCAUACGGCUCAUUUACGUACCUAUUCUGUGACUAUUCUAAUUUCGUUUCACGUGCUUGUCACCUGUGUAAGUAACCCGAUAUUUUAUUCCCAGAGAGGAGACAUAAUACAUACUCACAUCGACACAUCCUCAUAUGUACAUUUCAUGAUAGCUUUUAAACAUUUAAAUCUUGUUUUUAUGGUCACAUUUUUCACUCAGUAUGACGGAUGCCAAUCGGAACCAUUCGGGAAUUUCCGACAUUCACAAAUUACAGCAACGUCAUUUAAAGAAUUGGAAAACGUUCACGUGUACUAGUUUUUGCUGUUAACGGGUAUAUUAUAGACAAUAAAAUUGGACAACCAUA